AUGGAAGAUUUACAAUUAAAUAUAACGGCAACGGCGAAGAAAAAUAAUCCCAAAAAUCGUGGCGUUCAAAAAAGUAGUGGUGAAUAUAAAUUUGUUGCAAAACCAAACUAUACCGGCAAGAUUAUAGCUAGGAAAAGACCUCAAAAUGGUAUUCCACGAAAAUUUAUUGAGAAAUAUACAGGAGAACCCAAAGCUAAAUUGGCCAAAACAUCAGACAGUGCAUCACCAAAACAAAAUGACCUACAAUCGACUUUACGUGACUUGAGUGAGAACAAAGGAAAGUUUCAAGAUAAAAACUAUCAAGAUGUAACUGAUGAGAUGGUUAUUAAACAGAAACAGAGAAGUGGUGCUUGGAUAUCAUCAUUGUUUAAGAAUAACCCAAAUGUUCCUCGUAUGGGACAGCGGGCAGUCAAGCCUUUAGUCGAAAAAGUGUUCGCUGGAACAACAUUCCAAGAUUUAAACCUACAUCCACAUAGCAUUGCAAAUUUAAAACAAAACAUGAAUUUAACGGAGUUAAUGACAGUGCAGCAGAAAGCGAUUCCUGUAAUUUUACAAGGAAGAGAUGUUCUAAUCAGGUCACAAACAGGUUCAGGAAAAACUUUAGCAUAUGCAUUACCAGUAAUAGAAGGUCUACAAGCAAUAAGACCGAAAAUAAACAGGCAUGAUGGUAUAAGGAUAGUCUGUGUGGUCCCAACUCGGGAAUUGGCUGUGCAAACAUAUGAACUUUUUGAAAAACUUGUUAAGCCAUUCAUAUGGAUUGUACCAGGAUUACUAAGUGGUGGUCAAAAAAGAAAAGCAGAAAAAGCUAGGCUAAGGAAAGGGUUGACAAUAUUAGUUGGGACACCUGGAAGAAUUAAUGAUCACCUCAGGCACACACAUUCUUUAAAUUUUGCUAAAGUUGGGUGCUUAAUUCUGGAUGAGGCUGAUAGAUUAUUGGAUAUGGGUUAUGAAAAAGAUGUAGCUGCUAUUGUGAAAGCUAUUGAAGACCAUAAAAAAGCAGCGACAUAUGACCCAAUGGCUCUUGUUAAACAAACAAUAAAGAAAGCACCAGAAAAAGAAGAUCAACAGAUUGAAGCUGUUAAAAUAGAUGACUCUGACCAUAAACAUCCUUUAACAGAUGUAUUUUUAUCAAAAGAAAGACAAACUAUACUUUUAUCUGCAACAUUAACAAAGGCUGUAGAAAACUUAGCAGGUAUCACAAUGAAAGAACCAGUUUUUGUAGACACAUCGGAUGGUAAAGGUCUUGUAGCUGAUUCUUUGAAAUCAAAUAAUAGUGUAAAAGAAAUAAUACAGAAUGGCACUAUAGAAAAACAAAAAGUUCAAGCCACACCUAUAAAAGAUACUGAAAUACAAACACCAAAUAAAAGCAACAGCUCUGAUGUUAAAAUGAAAAGAGGACUUAAAGGCUUUAGUGGUGCAGAUCAUCCAGAUAUUUUUGGUGUUGUCACAAAAGAACAAAAUUUAGAAACGAAAGAAAAUGGAAAUGAAAGCGAUAGUGGUUCUGAUUAUGAGUACUUUAAAGUACAAAAAGAAAUGGGUGUGAGUAAAGAUACAGCGGUAUACGCAACCAAUAACAAAGAAGACAUAAAAGAAGAGAUAGAGAAAAUCGAACCUAAUAUGUUUGAAAAUGCCCUAAAGUCAGCCAUUGUCGAAGAUGAACUUAUUUUACCAGCUACAGUAAACCAAACGUUUUUGGUUAUACCAAUGAAACUAAGAUUGGUGUCUCUAUGCUCUCUCAUAGUAGAACACUGCAUUCUAAACAAAAAGGGCGGUAAAAUGAUAAUUUUCAUGGCAACUUUAGAAAUGGUUGACUAUCAUUCAGAAUUGAUUGAGACUGUAUUGACGGGCAAGGAUGAUAAAAAAAGAAAACAGAAGAAAAGCAAAAACGACUUAAAGGCUAAGAAGAAAAAAGGGGAUGAAGAAGAAGAGGAUAAUAAGGAUACGUCAGAUGGCUCUGAUUCGGACUAUGCAAUGGAUUACGAGAUACCAGCCGAAGGCGGUCUGGUUCCAAUGGAUGUAGACGUGUUCAGUCUGCACGGCUCGAUGCCUCAUGAGCAGAGAAUGGAGGUCUUUAAGCAGUUUCGCGUUGCCAAGAGAGGCGUGCUGUUCUGUACAGAUGUUGCGGCCAGGGGUAUUGACGUACCUCGUGUGGAUCUGGUACUGCAAUACUGCGCUCCUGCGUCAGCGACGGAUUACGUUCACAGAGUGGGGCGUACUGGUCGAGCGGCUCAGGUUGGUGCAGCUAUUAUGUUUUUACUACCAAGCGAAGCUGAAUUCGUCAGACAUUUGGAACAGAAACGAAUACGGUUACGUCAAGCGGACGAGUCAAAAGUGCUAGAACCCCUCCGGUCUGUAGCGCCCAGCGCGCCGACAGUACAACGCGCCGCCAUCGCUGUUCAGGCCAAAUUAGAAAACACCGCUCAUUCGUCUAAAGACUGGUUAGCGAGAGCCAGUAGGGCUUACACGUCAUGGGUUCGCUUUUACUCUGGCUACCCGCGCGAAGUACGUCCGUGGCUAGACGCGCGUCAACUUCAUUUGGGUCACGCGGCGAAGUCUUUCGCGCUGCGGGAAACCCCCGGAGCGUUAGCUAAGCGCGCCAAAUUCGAUCCUAAGUUGAAGAAGGAGAAAGCAGUUAACCGGCUUACUAUUAAGGACGAAGAAGAGAAGAAACGUCCUGGUUUCCCCAAAAUGAAGGCCGGAGCAUUUGGAAACAAGAUAAGCAAUAAGCAAAGUUCAAUGCAUACAGCAAGCGAAUACGACAGUGGUUUGCCUCCCGUCGACACAUUUACUAGAAAGAGGAAGAAUAAAUAA